AUGAAGGCCUUACGAGUUUCCUCUAACCCCCCGUUCACUGCGGAGAGUGUGAAUACUCUCUCACGUGCGGAGGUUUUCCAUGGAUUGUGUUCAGACACCACAACCUCCUCUGCACGGUCCUCAUUAUCAGUCUUGUCUACACGAGAGAAUGUCGCUUGGCGGGAGUUUGAUGUCAAACAGAGACGAAUAUCUCCAUUGCGGGCUCCACCGCCGUUGCCGUGCAGUUCCACCUCUCACUCUUCAUGUUCUUCUUUGCUGGAAGUUGAGGAGCAAAUGAAUAUAAUAGAUGGGAAAGGAAUAGGAAUGGAAAUGGAAAUAAAAGGAGGAAUUGACGUUGGAGAGGAGGUGAGAAAUGUUAACGACACCACAGCCCUCUCAGAUCUCAGUGAUGAGAUUCAAAAGGUGGAAGCUCGUCUUGCCGCUAUUCGUAUGGAAGAAGAGGCGUUAUGUUUAUCUAAGCGAAGUGCAUUACAUUAUAGUAGUGUACCUCGUAAUAAUAAUCCUCCUAUUACUACUAAUAAGACUAGUAUUGCACAUCCACCAGAAAUGGUAAAGAAAGAAUCUUUUACAGGUUUACGUAAUUAUUUAAAUACUACAACUUUAUCAGGUGGGGAAUCCACAUAUAAUUCUUCACUAGUCCCAUCAAGAGAAGUGAGAGAACGUUCAUGUGAAUCAAAUCCAACAGUAGUAAGUGUAGUCUCUAACCCCUCAGAUGUUGUAUUUUCUUUGGCCUCAUUUCUUCAACCCAUUCGUACAGUUGAUAUUGAAGUUUCUCCAGGAGUGUAUGAGAAACUUCAGAUUUUUGCAGAUGAUGAUAUGGAAGAGGUUGCAAAGCGUUUUAUUGCAAAACAUAAUCUUAACGAGCAGCGUGCACUUAAACCACUUUAUACAUUUUUGAGUUCCCUCAUUUCGAAAGAGAAUGAGAAGGAAAAUAAGAAGAACGAACAACAAACUAGAGCCUGUAGUGAGAUCUCCUAUCCUGUAGAAAAUAUAAAUAUUAGUGCUCCUACUAGUUCUUUCAGAAGAAUAAAUAAUGGACAAUCUUCUAUUACAGAGAAAUCAAGUAAAUCAUCUAUAUCCAAUAUGAAAAUAUCUAGAGAGAAAGGAGUAGAGGAUUAUUCCAUGAAUCCCAAGAAGAAACAACAAGAACAACAGCAACAGCAACAUCAACAUCAAUCCAUAAGAGAUACUGUAAAACCUGCUCUGAAGAGUAUGCUGAAUAGUUCAGGAACAAAAGAAAAAUCAAGAUUCUCUUGUAAAUCCAAUGAAGGAUUGGUUCAUCAUCCUACUCAAGAUCGUUAUAAUUAUCAAAAAGAACGACGGACAACAACUCCUAUAGGAAGAAGUAAUAGUCCUCGUAUUAUUCGUCGAAGCACUAGUAGUAGUAACAGCAAUAGUAAAGCACAAGAGUACCGAUAUGUAGAUCCACACACAGUACGUAAUAACAUAGAGAGAAGUAAAGUAGAAUCAUCAUCUCUAUUCAACUCUCAUCAACCUCCUGAUAUAGUGGCAGUAGAAGUACAGAAGAGUAAUGGAGAUAAUUUACAGAAACGCAAUAAAAAUACAAUAAAAGGAGAAAAGUCAACUUUUGGAAGUGCAAGGCCAUCAAGAUGUAAUUCCGUAGAAGGACGUCGAACAAUUAGUAGUGCUCGUCGUAUUCAAUCUAUAUAUGAUGUGGAGGAACCUCUUCCAACAUUUAAACCAACACUUGCUCCACGGAGUGAACAGCUGGUGGCUAAAGACACACAACGUUGUCAAACUCCUACGUAUGUACGUUUACAUGCACAGACUAUGAAGAAAGUACCUAAACAGACCAAAACAACAACAACAACAAAAAGAAGAGAAGAUUACAGAGGGAAACCACGUAUUCUUUCAAGAAGUCAAGAGAAAGUCUCACAUGAACCUGUUGGAAAUCGUUUAUAUGAACAGGCGAUUGAGCAGCAACGUAGAUUAGAGGAGAAACGACUAAAAGAGCAACAAAAGAAGGAAGAAGAGGAAUGGCGUUCUUUACUUGCCGUACCUCAAAUAAAUAAAGAAAAGAAUACCCGUGUACAUACUAAAUCUCAAUUGCAGCGUAAUGUAGAUAAGGUAAAAGUAAAACCACGAGAGGAAAGAGAAUUAGAGGCGUGUACAUUUGCACCCGCCGUAAAUCCGGCUUCUCUUCGUAUGUUUAACAUGGUUGUUCGUGGUCAAAUAAUAGAAGAUGCGGGAAUGUCAACAAAAGAAAAAGAAGAAAAAGAAGAAAAGGAGGAGGGACGUGGAAGUCGGGAUUCUCAUCGAGAGAUGAUCUCCGUAGAGGAGCGUCUUUUACUUCAGGAGGAAAAGCGACGGAAGCGACUUGAGGAUGAGAGACACUUUCGAGAGAAGUUUGAUGCCGCAACGGGGCGUCCACUCUUCCGUCCAUUUCUUGGACGAUAG